UUUAAGAUGAAAAAUACAAUACCUCUUUCUCAUUUAUUAUCCUUACUUUUAAUAUUACCUAGAGGUUUCGUUUUGCUUAUUUACAACCUCCUUCCCUUAGACCCAGUCAUUCACAUAUACCUGUAUAUACUUUUUUUAAAAAAACGAUGCCUGAGUUAGAUCAUUUUAGUACUGAAGUACAAGAACAGAUCCUUAAAUGGAAUCAUAACAUAUUUGGCGAAACUCAAGCAAACCAUGAUGAUCCGACUUUAAUAAUCAUCGAGUGGAGUGAGAUCAACUUAGCUAAUCGUAAUCUUGAUAAGAACGUAAUGAUUACACGUAUUCGUAAUGCGCACAAUGAAUUAAGACCUUUUCCCAAUGCCGCCCUGCCUUCCGUGUCAAUUUUUUUCAUCGUUACUCACCCUGAUAACUCUAUGGAUGUUGCGGUCAACGUUGCUUAUGGCAACAACGGAUUUCAGACUAAUUAUCGGAUACCAAAUGCACCUUCUCUUGGAAGAAUAUUUUCGGUCAGAGCCACCAGAAAAGAUGCUUUUGAAGUCACUGAAUUCCCCAACGUAUUCUAAUAUUGUAUAUGAGAAAGAUUAUCAUGUAAAUGGGGAGUAAAUCUUAUAUGUUGUCGUUAGUUUUUUCUCAGUUUGGCCAACCAAUUUUCAUUUUUCGAGUUUCGAAUAGUGAUUUUUAUUUUAUAAGUAACAUUACAAUAUACGUUUGUUUUACUUUGUUAUGAAAAAUAUAUUGCUAAAUUAUUAUGGUCUUGAUAAUUAAUUAUGAGUAAAAGAAGAUUACAUAGACUAAAGUGGCGCAAAAUAGUAAGCAUAACAUAAUUAACAUAUGAUCUGUACGUACAGUAAAUCAAAUGAUUUAGUUCCCUG